UGAAGGGAGGGGAAGAAAAAGCAGGCAGGGCAUCCCCAGGGAGGGAUCAGCCAGGGAAACAGAACACGGGGGAACGAGGGAAGGAGGAAGGAGAGGAGUAAGGAGGCAGAGGUCCUCAGGAAAGCAAGGGGCAGAGCGGCUCCAGGGAGCCAAGGAGCCGCUGACGCCCGAUGCCAAACGUCACCGAGGGGUGCUGAGCAGGUACAGCCGAGCGGAGCGGCUCUUGUGGUCUCCUCCCGGCUCUCAAGAUGAUGAAGAGGCAGUUUAAUCGGAUGCGGCAGCAGCUAUCCCAUCCCAACAUCACCGGCCGAGCCCAAGAAGCAACCGAGCUCCUGCCGGAGGAUUUGCUGCAGAUUGAGCAGAGGAUCGAGCCAGCCAAGCGAGCAGCUCACAGCGUGUCCAAGAGGCUCCAAGCCUGCCUGCAGGGGCAAUGUGGCUCCGAGAUGGACAAGCGAGUGAAGAAGCUGCCCUUGAUGGCUCUGUCCAUGACGAUGGCUGAAAGCUUCAAGGAACUGGACACAGAGUCCAGCCUCGGGAAAGCCCUGGAGAUGGGGUGCUGCAUAGAGAGCUCACUGGCCAAAAUCCUGGCUGAGUUCGAGAUUGCCCUGGAGCAUGACGUCCUGCAGCCGCUCAACAAGCUCAGUGAGGAGGAGCUUCCCAUCAUCCUGAAGCGCAAGAAGACCCUCCAGAAGUUGAUCUCUGACUGGAACACCAUCAAGAGCAGGCUCAACCAAGCUGCCAAGAGCUCCAGUAACAGCUCUGGUGCUGGCACUGGCCCCGGGGCAUCUUCUGCUGCCAACAAACUGGAGAUCUUGAAGGAAGAGGAGGAAGAGGUGAAGAGGAAGGUGGAGCAGUGCAAGGAUGAGUACAUGGCUGACCUCUACCACUUCUCCACCAAAGAGGACAGCUACGCCAGCUACUUCAUCAGACUGCUGGAAAUCCAAGCCCAGUACCACCGGCAGUCCCUGGGAUCGUUGGACUCUGCUCUGGCAGAGCUGAAGGAAAGCCACAGCCAGACAGAGCCUUCCUUCGCUGCAGACACCCCGGUGGCAGGGUACUACGGCGUGCCCCUCAAGACGCACCUCAAGAGCUUGGGCCGGGAGAUCGCGCUGCCCAUCGAAGCCUGUGUCAUGAUUUUUAAGGACUUUGACGACCGCGUACAGAGCCUGCAAGACACCUGCAGCCACCUGCCCCCGGAAAACUACAACAAUCUGAGGUAUCUGAUCAAGUUUUUAGCCAAGCUGGCCGAACACCAGGAGUUGAAUAAAAUGACCCCCAGCAACAUUGCCAUCGUGCUGGGCCCCAACCUGCUGUGGACGCAGCAGAGCACAGGAGACCCUGUGCAACUGGACUUGGCCUCGGUCUCCUCCAUCCAGGUGGUGGGCGUGGUGGAAGCCCUCAUCCAGAACGCGGACACCCUCUUCCCUGGAGAGGUAGAUUUCAACGUCUCCGGCAUGUUCACAUUACCCGCAAAAAGUGGACUUGGUGAGGCCGUCCCGGUGGAAGAGCCAUCCCCCGAGCCCCCUCCGGCCAGCAACUCCGCUCUACCGGAUGGAGAGGUCUCCUCAAAAGACCCCGAGGCCAGGUCCCCACCAGCAUCCCCAGUGAUGACCAGACCAUCUCACGAAGCCACAGGGCCACCAGCUCCGCAGACGACCAACGAUACUGCCCGCAAAGGCAAGCGCCCAGCUCCAGCCCCCGCUUCAUUUUCUCCCCCCCCUUCCCCCCCUUCUCCAGGGACUGGCAGCCUCACAGCCGCGGUGGAAACCGCUUCGGGCCGCAAGGCGCUGGUGGUGGGGAAGCCGAACACCUACAUGUUUGAUUGCAUCGUGGAGCGUUUCGGCGUUGACCCGUCCCGCACCCUCAUGGUGGGAGACCGUCUGGAGACAGAUAUCCUCUUCGGCAAGAACUGCGGCCUCUCCACCAUCCUCACCCUGACGGGUGUCUCCCGCCUGGAAGAGGCGCAGGCCUACAUGGCCAGCGACAGCGCUGCUGCCAAGGAUCUGGUGCCCAAUUACUAUGUGGACAGCAUUGCAGACUUGAUACCGGGCCUGGAUGAGUAGCAGUCUGUACAUGUGAGGGCAGAGGGGUCGGGUUCCCCAUCCCAGAUCUCCCAUCUGUUCCCAUUUCUCUCUCACUGCCCUAUUUCCUCAAUUCCUGGUUUCUUCACAUUCCAACGCCCUUCUCUGGGGGCCAAAUGUGGGGGGGUUGGCAGGAGGGGGGCAGGGUUCAAGUUGUCUCCUUUCUGCUGAGAGCUAUCCGUGAUGGACAGAGUCCUGUCCCUCAUAUGCCGGCUGCCAGCAUCUCUGGGAGAGAGCUGGAGGCCUUGAGGCCGACAGGAGGGGUCAAAUCAGUGUGUCUGUCUGGCCUGCACCCCUCCUCCCCCGCAGGGGUGAGGGACCGACUGGCUUAUUUUUCUCUUAGAUAACCAGUGGCGGCCUUUUACUGCUGUCCCUUCACUCCUAACUCUUGACUGCUGAGCUGCAUCCCCGUGGUCCUUGUGGUAACCCCCUCCGUGCCAGGGGACUGGCUGGUGUGGUCACCCACCUGGUCUCCAUCAGUGCCAGAGUGUGUGGAAGGAGCGUUCUGGAGCGAUGAAUGAGAGCAUCGCUGCCUCCCACAAGUGAAGGGGAGCAUUGCCUCAUCUCUUCUCUCCCCCUUUCCUUAGAGAUGUUUCCCCCACCACCCCCUGCCCCGACUCAGUUAAAAACUGUGCCGGUGUCCAUCAGAAGGACUAUAGAGAGGGAAGAGACUGGCUUGAGGGUUUUUUUUGUGCCAAACAGACAAGCUGUGAUUGCCCACAGCAGGUCUGCAGUUGUACCUUGUUUUCAGGCACCCUUUGCGAAGGGGCUUGUGAAGGAGAGAGGGCUCCUAGACCACGACAGCACAGCAGUAGUGAACUGUACAGUUCUCCCCAGUUCCCCUUCCUCAGUGGAUUUUGCCAUAGUACGGUGAGAGAAAAGGGCUGAUGGGGGUCUGUGCUCCAGCUGUUGGUGUGCAGGUGAGGUGGUGGUGGUGGUGUCACUGCUGUGA